AUGAAUGAAUUAAAAGUCAAGUACACUUGCGAGAAUUAUAGCAGCACCUUACUCGUUAAUAUAACUUACGAGUAUAUUCCUACCGAAGAGGCCUUAACAUUAACAGUAGUUGUUUUAAUAUUUUUACUAACAUCACUCGUUGGCAAUAUUGCUGCUGUUGUAGUAGUUUAUCGUAAUCGCUAUCUGCAUGAUCCCUCCGGUAUACUAAUAGGUGCUUUAGCAGUUUCUGAUAUUGGCGUGGGAUUUUCUAGUGUUAUUUCCACCAUAAUCUAUGAUAAUCCUUGCUCAAGACUAAAUCAUGCAGUUUGUGUAUUUCUCGCUUUCAUGUCAAGUUCAUUUAUCGGCUCUACAUACUCAGCUAUAGCAGGUAUUACAGUGGAUCGUUGCAUUGCAAUCUGUAAACCUUUACAUUAUCGACAAUAUGUUACAAACACCAGAAUAAUUCAGAUUCUUCUUUUCAAUUGGUUGUGUAUUCUUGCUCUAGCAGCUCUACCGAUUAUGGGAUUACAACAAUAUGGUAUAGGAAAAUAUGAAUAUGUUCCCUAUUUAACGUCGUGUUGGAUUGAUAUUACUGCAUAUAGUAAAAAUUACUUGGCUAUUAUUGUUUUUUACUUGCCUGUCUUCUCAAUACUGAUACUUGUCAUGAUAUGCUAUGUUAUAAUUCUUCUCAAAGCAAAUAGUACUUUUAAACGAAUGGCAAUUUCAGGUUGGAUCUAUAAUGAAAAUAAGCAAUUACUGAAGAAAUCAACGCGAACGACUAUUAUUGUUGUGGGUGUCUUUUUUAUAUGUACAACUCCAGGCCUUGCAUUAACAUUUGCUACGCUAGUUAAUCAAGGAUCUGUUGUGUCUGGUAAAGCCUAUAAAUAUUUAUUAAAUUGGGGAAUAUACGUCAAUAUUACGGUUAAUCCUUUAUUAUUUGGUUUCUCUCAUAAAGAUUUUAGACAUGGCUAUCAUGAAAUAUGUUCACAUUUUUACUCAAAAAAAUCAAAAAUUUCUGAUAUCAGUCUACCGAUACGACCAUCUGUCAAUCCUUCAAUAUUAUCGGGAUAUAAUUUAGUUCAAAAUAGUACACUUUAA